UUUGUAAGUCGCAGGCUGUUUCGUGUUUUUUUCGUUCCAUUUGAAACGUUUUAUCGUCAAAAUCACAAAAUGCCGAGAAGAAGUGGCGGUGGACCUGCUAGACGUUCAUCCCCAUCCAGAGGCUUGAGUAGCAGAUCGAACCUUCCUGCCAGGACAGCCCCACCUCCUCCUCCAGCUCCUGUUCAGGCUCCUCCGUCGGCAGUUGGACAGCCCAGGCAGCCAGGAAUGUUUGCUCAGAUGGCUACGACAGCUGCUGGUGUUGCUGUUGGUUCUGCAGUGGGCCAUACUCUGGGAGCAGCAAUGACGGGAGGUCUUGGAGGAUCGAGAGCUCCUGCUGAGCAACCAGUCGAGCAGCAACAGCAACCUGCCUACAAUCAACAGCAAACAUCCGGCGGUGAUAAUCCUUGUGCUUACCAGCUGAGACAAUUUAUUGAAUGUGCUCAGUCGCAGCAUGACAUCACACUUUGCCAAGGUUUCAAUGAGGCACUUCGAGAAUGCAGAGUCUCCUAUGGUCUUCCGCUCCAGUAACGAUUCAUAUUGAUAAAGACGAUUGGAUCAGUAAUUUAUUUCUCCAACUUUUUGAUUGGAACUAUGUUUUGAUAUAAAGACUUUUGACGAUUGAGUACAACAAGUUUACAAAUACAGCACUUUCCAACGUUUUUAUUAGUUCACAUUUAUUGACAUCAAAUGAUUUAAUAAAGUUUUUCUCUAGGAAAAUAUUUUUGCAAUGCCUGUUACUCAUUUACAGACGAAUAGUGCUAAUUAUUCUGUUAUUUGUGUUUGCUGAGAUAUUGUCAAUCAAUCUGAAGUACCAACCAAAUCGCCAAGGUGUGCCAAAAUUGUUUGAGGUUGAAUUUUCAAAUUGAGUGGUCUUUAUACAAAAUAGAUGAAUUACUUUUUCUUACAUUUCUGGAAACCGGAGAGUUUCAAUUUUUAUUUGAGGUCCUUAAUUUAGAAUCUGGCAUUUUAAGCCGUUUUAAGCAAGAAAGGUUUGACACUCCCGUUGAUAUCUCUAUUUUAUUUAUAUCUUCCAAACAGAGAGGGUUAUUUAAGGAUACCCAUAGGAUUGGUAAAAACAUCUUUUUGUAAACUUUAUGGGAUAGAGAGUCGUAGAGAGAGAAUUUGGCGGGAAUAGGGAAUAAUUGACGGGGAUGGGAAAAGCGAUAUAAGCUGAAUUUCGGUAAAACAAAUUUUAAAAACUGACUUGGUAAUAAUUUAUGCAAUGUACAAAUGCUAAAAAAUAUUAACAUGGGCACAUUUAUAAUUUAACAUCUCGCCGCAGCCACAAAUACCGAAAACAAUUCAAACCUACAGUCGAGUUGAAUCAUUUUUUCAUUUAAAACGAAUUUGUCUCAAGAAAAUGUAAAACUUUAUUUUGUACGAUAUAGAUAAUAUCAAAUUUGAUAGUGGUUAAAAAAGUUUUAUUUC